AUGUCGACGACCCAGGUGCAGCAUACAGAUUCCGCGGAAAGCCAAGGUUCACGCAGCGACGACAAACAGAAGACGAAAAGCAGAAGGCCAGCAAAUACUGCCUUCAGACAGCAGCGACUCAAGGCCUGGCAACCGAUCCUCACUCCCAAAACUGUUCUCCCGCUAUUCUUCGUGGUCGGAAUCAUAUUCGCGCCCAUCGGCGGACUUCUGAUAUGGGCCAGCUCUGAGGUUGAAGAGAUCUCGAUUGACUAUACAAAUUGCAUCGCACAGGCACCCCUGUCAGCAAGCUUCCCUCCAGAGCCUAGCGACUUCCGCAAUAUACCCUCGGACCUCGUUUACAGCAGCUUCAAGGCCUCGAAUUAUACCCCGCAGCCUGCACAAUGGGCGCAAAGCAGGCAUUUCCAGCUGUAUCAUGAGGGGAGUGUAAAUCUGACGGAUGUUGCUGUGUGCACUCUGCGCUUCGACAUUCCGAACAACAUCGGUCCUCCAGUACUAUUCUACUACCGCCUCACAAAUUUCUACCAAAACCAUCGGCGAUACGUGAAGUCGUUGGACACACAGCAGUUGAUGGGAAAUGCUCAGAGCAAUGCAUCCAUCGCCGCGAGUGACUGCGAUCCGCUUCAGGUCGACGAAGCCACGGGAAAGGCCUACUAUCCGUGUGGACUGAUUGCUAAUUCGCUCUUCAACGACACUUUCACCUCCCCAAAUUUGACAAAUCCCAGCGCAGGUGCAGAGCCGACUUACAACAUGAGCCAGAGGGGCAUCGCCUGGGACAGUGACAAAGAGCUGUACAAGGAAACUAAAUACACCAUCGAUCAGGUCGUGCCACCCAGGAACUGGGAACAGAGGUACCCAAACGGCUAUACCGAGAAGGAACCGUUGCCGGAUUUGCACAACGACGAAGCCUUCCAAGUGUGGAUGCGAACCGCAGGUUUACCAACCUUCAGCAAGCUUGCAAUGAGGAAUGACACCGCGUCGAUGCCGAUCGGGAGAUAUCAGCUGAGCAUAUACGACCACUUCAACGUGACGUUGUAUGGAGGUACAAAGUCAAUUUUAAUAUCUACGAGAACCGUCAUGGGCGGCAAGAACCCGUUCCUUGGCAUCGCCUAUGUUGUCGUUGGGGGCAUUUGCAUCCUCCUCGGUGCUAUCUUUACAGCAACCCAUCUCAUCAAGCCAAGGAAACUCGGAGACCACACAUAUCUCACUUGGAACAACGACCAGCCAAGUACGGCCACUGCGACCGGACGAAGUGCACGGCCGGGUGAUUCAGCUUGA